AUGUUAUCUAUUUGCAGCAAUCAAUUUUUUAGCAGUCAAGAUGUAACAAUAGGCAAUUAUAUCAAAUUAGACAAAGUUAUUGACUAUGUUGGGAGAAAAUCGCUGAGGCUCCGUGACCUAGGCAUAGCAAUCAAAGAAUUCAAGCUUAUCAUGGACUAUGUAGACCAUAAGUACAUGGCCCACCGUGUUGAUCUAUGGAUGAAGAUGGCUAUUGAAAGUGGUGGCGAAGUAUUACAUUUACAGCUUGGCCUCCUUGGUGACUUUGUAUUGGAGACAGUGUGGACAGAUCAUCUCAUUUCUCAUUGUCCUCUAAUUGAAGAUUUAACCGUGAUUGAUUGUGCUAAACUCAAGAAAGUUAAUGUUAAAGGAAUGCAUGAAGUAUAUAUUGAUGCUUCAAAUCUUGAGAGCUUAGAUUAUUGUAUUCAUCCAUAUGCAUCUUUCAAGCUGAAUUUAGAUAGUUGCACAAAUUUGAGAUGGUUGCGCUUAUGGAAUUUGAAGAGCAUUGAUCUUGGAGACGAAUGGUUUCUUGAACUCUUUUCUAAAAUUAAACCAGAGCAGGGUGCAUGGCAAGUUUCAUCUAUUCCUCCAACUAUUAAACGCUUGGAAUUAUUGUUUUCUCCGGAAGAUGAAGCUCUCUAUUUCCCUUUUAUGAAUUACUUGCUUUCAAAUUGCUGCCCGAACUAUACUUCAUUUUUGUAUGAGAUGCUGAUGGGCAGCGAGGAAGAGUGCCACUGCAGUUCAAGUAAUUCAAAAUGUUGGUGGCAUGCCUUGAAGAGUGUCAAGGUUCUUUGUACGUUCAAGAUUGAUGAGAACGCUGACUUUGAUACCAUGUUAGAUGCAUUGCCAACAUGUUAUUCUCAUGAAAGAGUUGGUUUUAUGUUAGAACUGUGA